AUGAGAGGUCGGCGACUCAGUGAUGUUAGCGAGCACGAUUACGACUUCCUCUACGAUGCAGGCUCUCGGGAGCAGCGGAUGCCCGACUUCGUUGUUGUGGCCUAUCCGGGCAUCGUAAGGAACGCCGAGAAUGCGCUGGAGACGCUCGGCGGCCUGCACACAAUCAGCUCGGUGAGUAGCUCUCUCUGA